UUAAUUACCAAAAUAGGUUCAUUGAAAAAAGUAUAGCUAUGUAUAAUAUUGUACGUAUAUCCGACAAGUCGUAUUUUAUACACGAAUGUAAGAGGUGUAGAUGUUGAAUAAGUAUUCAUUUCUUAUACAUGUUGAUCAGAAGUCAGCAUGUUGCUGAAUAACGUUUGUUUUGUACUUUUGGUUGCGAAGAUUGGAGACGUUUGUUCAACCAUUCAACGGCGUAUCAUAGUUAACGACAAAGCAUAUGUGGAUCCAACGUACUACGAUUUCGUCGCUAAGAAAAUCUUCGAGGAUACCGAUUUAUUGUUGAAGUUCAUCAAUGGUGCCAAGUGUCCGGAUUGUGAAAAUCCAAAUCAUUACAAAUCCAUAACGCACGUCGGCGAAGUUCAAAAUCCUGAUACAAGAAGCUGCAAAGAAAUUGCAUUCGAUGUUGCGUGUCUGAGUAACACCGGAAAUGAAACAAUUGUGCCGAUUCGAGUUGUGAAAGAAAAGUAUUCGUGUUUCGGCGAGAGAUCUCAAUACUACGUAUCAAGAUUAAUUCACGAUCAGUUGUCGUCGUUAAACAAACAAGCCUUUCAUACCGAUCAAGAAUACGCACUACUGAAACCAGUGCAUUUCAUCGCGAUUCUGGAUUUCUCAAUUUUUCCGGGCGACGAAUUCAUUUCGAAUCAUUUAAUGUUGGAUAAAAAAACGCACGCUAACCAUCUAAACCUUUCAACGUACACCUUCAUCGAACUGCCAAAAUUGAACAAAGCUGGCUUCGAUGUCGAAAAAUACGAAACAUUCAUUGCAAAGAUGUCUUAUCUGUUUUGGUUCCAAUACUCGAAAAAAAAUAUACCGAUUGUUUAGAAGAGCUAUUCAAACGUGACCCCGAUAUCCAAAGAGCCGCGAACUACGCGAACCCUGCACAUUGGAGUUGGAAGGAAGAAGCCAAAUACCGAAGGAUAGUCGAUAAUGAUAAUGUGUAUGCGGGUGUGAUGAACGCAUGUUAUGAAAAAGGUCGUGCAAAAGCUGCUGAAAAAGUUGCUGUAAGCUUGAUCAAUGGUACAGAACUGUCGGAUGCAGACAUCGCCAAGUACACUGAAAAAACGGAACCCGAAAUCGCAGCUAUGAGAAAAAUUUUGAAUGCGAAGAAAGCACAAUAAUGAAAUACUAGUUUUAGAAUUGCCAGCAAAAUGGGCUCGAAAUUCUUCAAUAAUGUACAAAAAGGUUUCGUUGAAAUAAAUUCAUUUUUUCGUCAUAAUGUUGAAAAACAUCAAAGUCCCUUAAGAAUAAAAUCCAAGAGCAAAAUUCAAAAAUGAAAAAUGAAGAAAAAAAUCUCCAAAAAUUAGAGAAAUUCUGCUAAAAUCUAAAAAGAUGAAAAAAAUUAAGAGGAUUUCAGAAUAAAAAUUCGAUCAACUCCUCAGAAAAAAUUAGAAUAAAAUGCACAAAAAUUCAAGAGAAACAUCGUAAAAAUUUGGGGGAAAACUCACGCAAAUUCACGAUAAAAUUGCGAAAACUUCACAAAAAUUUAGGCACAAAAGAAAACAUGAAAAUUCGGGGGAAAACCGUGGAAAAAUUGGGAAAAAUAGAAUCUAUGAGAAUUCAAAAGGAUGAAACGUGAAAAAAAAUAUCGAAAAAGCCCCCAAAAAAAUCGAAAUAAAACAGAGUCUCGAAGUCCAAAAACAAAAAAAAAAAAACUCAAAACAAAUAAUCUGUCAAGAGAGGAAUUUUACCAAAAAUUCAGCAGAAAAAUUACUAAAAUUUGAGGAAAAAUUAAGAGAAACUAAAAUAAAUAUUACGAAAAUUCAAGAAAAAAUGUUUCGCCCAAAUUAAGAAACAAAAUUUAAGGCAGAAAAACGAAUCUGUAAAAUUCAAAACAAAAUCAUCGAAAUGAUGAACAUGGAAAACUCUCGAAAAUUCAGAACACAAAACUCACGAGAAUAGAAUGACGUAUAAAUUUGGAAAAAAAAAACAAAACAUUUUCGUGAAAAAUAAUUUAAAAAUUUCAACGAAACUUACAACAAUUCAUGGAAGAAAAUAAUUAUAAACUUGAAAAAAAAAAUGUUCAAAGAGAGAGAAAAUUCAAAGGACAUUCCUCAUAACUGGGAGUGAACGGGAAAGUAGAGAGAGAUCAUCACCGAAUGAAAGAUAUCAAGAUGCAGAAAAAAAAUCCACCAUUAAAGUUGAAAAUGAACAAAAACAAACUCAUCAAAUCUUGAAGAAGAUCCCCUCCUUUCCAUAAAAAAAUGAUCAAAUGUAAAAAGAAAUGACUUUUAGAAGAAAAACAUUUUUUAAAGCACGAGACACGACAAAAAUCCGUCAAAAUUAAGGCAAAAAAUGACCAUAAUUUAGAACAAAACUAAAAUCGUCAAAAUUCAUACAUAGUUAAAAAGUCAGUCAAAACUGGAGAAACUUUGCCCAAAUUUGAAGAGAAAAAAACUGGAAAUUCCGAAAAAAAUCAUCGAAAAACUAAAAAAAGACGACUCGCGUAAAUUCAAAAGAAGAAUCAUCGUCAAAAUUGGUGAAAUCUUACAACAAUUCAAAAGAAAAAUCACCAAAUCGGCGAAAAAGAAAACAAAAUUCAAGACAAAAAUAUUUCAAACAAAAAUAAAGAGAAAUCCUGAUGCACAUGUAAAAUCACCCAAGCUUGAGGGAAAAUGUUAAUGAAAAAAACAUGAGAACUCGAGUUGAAAAAAAUUCGUUAAAAAUUCGGGUCAAAAAAAUCAUCAAAAUUCAAGAAACAAAAAUCAAUUGAAGCAGGCAGUCGGGGGGCCCGCAUAAGGAUCACUAGCACCCCCUUGCCGAUCCUCCGGGACAACUUUUUUCUCAAAGGGGGAAUCCUAAGGAACAUUUCUAGCCCUUGUCCUCAAAAAAAAAAGUGGCCCUACUUACAAAAUGGCGGCCAUAGGUCAGCCAAAAUCGCAUAUUUUGUGUUCCAACAUAGGACUAGCAUAAAGUUUUUUAAACCGUACCAAGGUACAUAGAUCGAAAGAGCAGGCAAUAGUCAGGGUGUCUACCAAAAUUUAAUUUUCAAAAAUAGCGACUUUUUCGCGACUUUUAGCGACUUUUUUUCAGUUAAAAGUACCUCCCCCCCCCAAAAAAAAAAUUUCCAACGAAGAAAAGUUUUUAAAAUUUGAAGUUUGGACAAUUUAUAGCGACUUUUUGGUAUUUUUGGCGAAAAUCGCGACCUUUUCGCGACUUUAGCGCCCUAUUCUCAAAAUCGCGACUUUUCGCGACUUUUAACGCUAUAGCGACCUGGUAGACACCCUGAAUAGUUCAUCACCUGUCAAAAUUUCAAGUGCUUAAGUGCAUUUUUCGAUUUUUGGCGAAUUUUCAAUAAUCAAAUUUAGGCCAAAAUGUGAGAAAAAAAAUCAAAAUUUUACCAAAUUGACCUAGAAAGCUGAAAUUUAGGAUAUACCCUAUUUUCGACCUGCCAAAUCGAUUGGAAACUGUUUCAAAUCGUUUUAAGCAGUUCUGGAGCCUCCAGCAGAUGUUUGAAACUCGAAAUUCUCACAAAAUUUCAUUAAAUGGAGUUGGAAAGCCGAAAUUAAUUCUGCAAACUUAUUUCAAUACGCUGUGAAGUCGACUGCAGGUAAAUUUCAAGUCGUUUUGGAGCCUCCAGCGAUUUUUUGAAAAUCACUGGAGCAUCCAGUACAUUUUUGAAACUCAAAAUUCCCACAAAAUUUUAUCAAAUGAGGUUAGCAAGCCGAAAUUUACUCUGCAAAAUAAUUUCAAUUCAAUAAUUUGAAGUCGACUGCAUGGUGGUAUCAAGUGGUUUUGAAGCUUCCAGCUACUUUUUGGAAAUUUCAAUUUUCCUAAAAACGCCAUGAACCUUUCAAAAAGUCACUGGAGGAUCCAAAAUUGCUUGGACCCACCUGAAGUCGUCUUCAGAGGGUGUUAAAAUUAGUUUGCAGAGUAAAUUUCGGCUUGCUAACCCCAUUUGAUGAAAUUUUGGGGAAAUUUCAAGUUUCAAAAAUCUACUGGAGGCUCCAACUUGAAUUUCAAUAGGUAUAGGAAUAUUAAUUCGAUAACUUGAUGGGUACCUACAGUGGCGUAGCCAAGGGGGGGCGAAGGGGGCCAUAGCCCCCCUUGCGAGCGAAAAUUUGAAAGAAAACAUGCUGUGAUGAGCGGAUAUGCCCUGACCGCCUAUGAGUGGCUUAACGUAAUUUCCCCUCAACGUAGUUUUAUGAUCUUGCCGGCCUUAGGCAAGAUUAUGCGAAUCUUACUGUAGGGGCGUGAUCAAGGCUAUCGUGCGACAAUUCUGUCGAAGCAGAGGUUCUGCUCCAGCUUCGUAUUCUCUAGAAAAAUCAGUCUUAAAAGUAACGAGUUCGCGAUAGUUCCUCUUAAGCUCACCUAACCAGCUAAAUAGGCGACCAGGGAGCCCUGCCUAGGCUCUCUGGAAACCAAACAUUGAAGUACCCAUCCGUAGAUGGUGAUUUUGGACUUAUAACGUGUCUCGUCGUUAAUUUCCUGCGUACGGACAUAGUACUAUUUUAUAUAACGCGAUCUUCGUUAAUUUCCCGCGUUAGAUCGUGGUACUUUUUUAGUCACUGGUAUUGAUUUAUCCGGAAAUCAUACCUUUGUCUCUACAAAAAUGGAUCUCCGACCCAGACCUGCCGAAGCGACUAUUAUUGGGGUCGCCAGGGAGAGGCAGGCAAUGUGAACAUCUCUAACAGAAGUGUACUCAGACCAACCUAGGUAAUCGUGUAUCCUUUUAUUCAGGGUUACGUGCACCCUUAAUUUAUCUAAUUACGUUAUAAUUAUAUCUUACGUAAUUGUAUUAAUUGGUAGAUGACGAUGUGUUAAUCAUCUACCAAUUGAUCUAUUUGUACCUUAGAAGCUGUUGUAAUUCGCCUAUAUGUGUACUUUAAUUUAUCCCCUAAACCAAUCUUCCGAGCCUAGCUUGCUAGCUCGCGUGCGUUGUACUUUGCCGCCUAAUCUUGGCCGGUUAGGCAUGCCAUUGUAUCGUUAUGGCAAAACAGAAUAAUUUACGUUUUGACCCUUUGUAAAUUAUUUGGUAUUAAUCUGCUCAUUUUUGUAUAUAUUUCUUGAUUAAAAUAAUUGUACAUAAA